CCCCGCGCAUGCGCGCCGUUGGGGCUCGGCGCGCGCGGGGCGCUGGGAGCGGGCGCGGCGGGGCGCGAUGCCGCGGGCGCCGGGGGAGGCGGGCGGCGCGGGCGGGCUGCGCUCCGCCAACACGCGGGAGCUCUCCGAGGUGGUGUUCAACAACCGCAGCCCGCGCGCCGUGCUGCCCGUGUGGCUGGACUUCGAGGGCCGGCCGCGCUUCUACCCGGUGCUGCAGCCGCGCACCGGCCGCCUCAUGCACAGCUACCGCGGCCACCUGUGGCUGUUCCGGGACGCGGGGACCAACGACGGGCUCCUCGUCAACCGGCAGGAGCUGUUCGUGGCCGCCCCCGACGUGAGCAAGGCGGACAUCACGCUGCCAGUGUUCACCCUGAAAGAGAGAUGUCUGCAGGUUGUUCGCAGUCUGGUCAAACCAAUGGACUACAGGAAACUGGACAUUGUUCGAUCAUUAUAUGAAGAGCUGGAAGAUCAUCCUGAUAUCAGGAAGGAUAUUCUGCGGCUUUCUCUGGAGAGAAGUGAAACACUAAGGAAUGGAGUUUCAGAAUAAAACUUUGUUCAUUCCGGACUCUUCAAGUGGCAAACCACUGAGCUUAAGCGGGGGAAACCACCCUGAAACAGGCCAAGAGCUGAUGUCUGUAUUUCGUGUUCUGAAACAUACGCUCAGUUAGUUAAGGUAUACAAAACUUGUUAUGAUGGUAAGUGGGAAUCAGAAGACUGAACACCAUGUAAACAUACGCCAAGUUCAUGGUGGUUCAGUUCUGCUCCUAGUUAUGCAUGUUGCAGACCUGCGGCUCUAGAGGCCUUGCAUGCGUGGAACUCAGUUUGGUCUAUUUCAGAACAUGCCAUACUGAUUUAAGAUCAGGUCAUCUAUUUAGAGAAUAUACAUACAGAUCAACUCUGUCUGUUUUAGAAAGUAAAUUACACCAAGGAUUAAUUUAAUCCAGACUCUAACAAUUAUAAGUGGCAGAAUAACAGCAGUUUUGGUCAAACAGUUUGAUUUUGGUGGAAUUGCACUUUCUCACACUUAGGCUAAAUUUGCCUGUGAUUCAGAAAGUGUGAGGGGUGUUUGCUUAUGUAGGUGAGAGCUCGCACCACCUUCUUCUGAGGGCCUGACCUGAAACUUUGCGUUGGCGGAAAGAUGAAGUGUGUAAAAGCUUGGGGUUUUCUGCCUUACAAACCCAUGUCCUAGUAACACUUCGAGGUUGACAGAUUUUUACCCAGAUCAUACUUUUAAUGCCUUAUUUGUCCUUCAUUUUUGGAUUCUUCACUGGUUUAUAUCAGGGUGAUUCAACCUGGUCAGCCACAUUGGCUGUAUCCUGGUUUUGGGGCACCUUUCCCCUCUGCACCUCCAUGCCUGCUCCUCCUUCUUCCCACACAGCUGUACACGGUAGCAUUCGCAGAGGGUAGAUGCUUUGGGCCCUACCUCUGCCCCCGUAGCAAUGCAGUAGCCAUGGUUCAAGUCCUAAGGGGAGGCUUUUUUAGGGAGCAUGAGCCACUUAAGUUGCUGAUGCCUCUUAAGGAAUAGACAGGAGGCUGCAUCAGCUCAUCUGAGCCUAUUGCUAGAUCCAGCUCACAAAUCGAUCUGCGCUUUAUUUCAGGCAGGCUGGAUGAGCAAAGAAGUUGUUUCUUUGACUAUAUCCUGUUCCCCUCAUUCCUUAACAAGAAUGUGUAUUUGAAGGUACACAUGUAAUUCAAAGCAGCAUUGUUUUUAGCAGAUGUGUGAAUUGUCUACCAAGCAAAAGAUGUAGUGCUGUGCCAUGUUAGAAGCAGAUUGAUACAAGAUUAUAGCAGAUCAUUUGUGGCAUACGUUUCUUUCCAGUUACACUUAAACAUUCUGAGAAUGCAGCUGUGAAACUAAAUGACUGACUAUCAACCUAUUCUGUUAAGUAUGAAUUGUCUCCACUUUUUGUACACUUGUUUUUCUUAACAUGAAAUGUAUGAACUGAUCUUUGUUGUUUGUCAUAAAAUGUAAAUCCAUGCUAA